UUCAUUUAUCUCAAUAAGGUACUAAUACUUGUAUAUUAUUUCAUGAUGUAAUGAUUAGUAGUUUCUAUUUUUGUACAGCAAUAUGUCUGACUAUAUGGAAGAAGCAUUGUUCGUGCCAGACUAUGAAGAAGACAUGGAAGAUGAUUCAGUGAAAGUGCCAGAGAGACCAAAGAUAUUGUCCGGACGGAAGUGUCCGCUGUGCACUGCUAGGACACCAGCUAUAAAGCCCCAUGUCUUGCGCUCGCACCUUCCAUGGUACUUUGGAGCUUUGACAGCAUGCUGGAAAUGUGGAGUCCAGGAAGGGAAGCAGUGUUUCCUUAGAGCAAAGCAUAUUAAUGCUGAGGGCCAUCCUGAGGGUGCUUUGUUUAACGAGGCAAAUAGACGUCGCUGGGUUUCUCUCAUGAAUGGCUUGCUACACAGGAUAUGUUAUCAUAUUGGACUGGGGUCCCUGGACAACCUUCUCUGUUUUGUGGUGGAGAAGCAUUUGUAUGUGGAGACAAUAAAUCCUGCAGCGUCAGACUUUACUGAUGGCGAAGUCGAGUUGCUGAACCUGUAUGAGGAUGCUAAUGGUCUUGCCCGGUCUCAAUGUUUUUCCAUUCAUCCACCGACAUCUGUGGCUUCACUCGUUCACUGGAGAAUCAUAUGUAAUCUCUUACAGCUCCUUUUACCUGCAGGGCAGAGGGAUGUUAUUGCAACCAUGCAAGAGCUGACUUUUUCUGGAAACUUGUUAGCACCAGUUCUUUCCCUUAGCAGGCCAGACCUACUACAACAACAUUUUGGGGAUUCCCACUUCCAUCUAGACAUCCUGCUUUCUCGGACUAGGUUGAGGGAUUUCUCUGCAUUGGAAGAUGAGUUCGGUGACCCUGAUUUCCGACUUAGUGUGGCCAUUGCCAACUACGUCUUCCCAGAGCAUUGGGAACGAUUCCGCCAGCAGGCUAGAGAUCCAAGGAUCUACUUAACUUUUGGGCUCCACCCUCACACUGUGAAGAGCGAUUAUUCGAUGGAACUGCUGCGCGAACUUCUGAAGGAACCAGGUUGUGUCGGCUUAGGAGAGGUCGGUCUAGACUUUACAACAUCUUGCCGCUGCAGUCCAAGAUGCCAAAGCCUAAAGCGCUGCAAGAAGGAAUCGAUUGCCCGCCAACGAGCAUUUCUUAGAGAAAUUCUUCCUUUGGCGAAGGACAUGGACCUCACACUCGUAGUCCACUGCCGAGACCUCCAUUCCGGGUACGCAGCCAGAGAAUUCCUUGCUCUUUUGGAGGAGUUGGGUCUGACAGACUUGCGGAUCCAUAGACACUGCUACAUUGGGAGCCCAGAAGAAGCCAUUGCAUGGAUGGAGCGUUUACCAAAUGUUAAAUUUGGUUUCACUUCUAGUCUUCUGGGAUUGUUUGAAACCGCGGACGCUCUCUGUGCAAUGCCCAUGGAGAGGAUUUUGCUGGAGUCAGAUGCUCCAUACUUGCCACCCACUUCCCGCAUGGAUGUCAACACCCCAUGGGCUCUUUUGCCAGUGGCUGAGAGGGUUGCGAAACUUAAGAGGACAACAGUGUCUGACGUCCUGACACAAACCCUUCACAACCUUAAAUGUCUUUACCGUAUUUAACUCAUGUUGCUUCAUGUCUGUUGUAUAUGUAUUGUGUAUUUCUUGCAAUGCGGUGACUUGCCGCAUUAUUUGUUUUUAUUUCAGGUCCAGGAUAGGAUCAUUUCUUUGGAACAGGGGGGAAUGUAGUACAAUUUGUAUCCUGUGCCGAGCCCCUAUAUGUAUUCCCGUGUUGUACCCCUUUUGUGUAUGUGUGCGUAUGACGUCACGCUUUCGUGUGUAGCCAGUAGAAGAAGACGCCAUUCUGUGUAAGAAACCACUGGUAACUUUUGUGAACUAUUUCGACCUGCUGUGUGCGGUCAGGGGCUGCUGUGUGCGCCUCACAUAUAUAAUAACUUGCUGCUGUGUGCGCUCGUUAUCUUUGUAUAUUUGUGUAUUUGUUAACUGUCUUGUUUAUGUAAUAAAUGUCAUUACAACAC